AUGCGUUCGUCUUUCGCUAGGACGCUGCAUGAGGUAAAAAACCGUGACGGAUCACUGGCAAAUGCACUAAAUAAUUCAAAAAAUAUGGCUAUUAAUGCAGCUCCAUUGCUUCUGGGCACAAGUCUUCCUGAUUUGUCCAAUCUAAGUAUUCGCAAACCUACUAAGAAAAAGCAUUCCUUCAGCUAUGAGAAUAGUCUCCUUCCUUCAGCAUUUUAUCGUCGAUCCGUAACUGCAGAUUGUGAUGGUGAUAGGUACAUUCCCAACCGUCGGGCCAUGGAUAUGGAUCGUGCACAAUUCUAUUUAACUCAGGCUGCAGCGGUAUCAGAUCCAUCAUCUCUCCCUAAACCAAAUGAUCGUAUUCUGGAGUUUUCGCAUAAGCGUCCAUCUGUCCCUGGUCAAGAAGUAAUUGCGCAUGAAAUCAGUAAACCGAAGCAAUCUGUGCGCUAUAUACCCACACGACCAGAAAAUGUCUUAGAUGCCCCAGACCUUCUUAAUGAUUACUAUCUGAAUCUUAUUGAUUGGUCCAAGCAAUACAACAUCGCGGUCGCACUUGACAGAGACGUAUAUUUAUGGGACGCUCGCUCCGGCGGUGUCCGACUGCUCAUGUCUGCUGGACUCAGCGAGGAGCACAUCACUAGUGUGCGCUUCUCACCUCACGAUGGCAAUGUCCUCGCCGUAGGCACGAGCAUGGGUCGCUUGCAGCUGUGGGACGUGGAUCAGGCUGCACUUCAGCGCACAAUGCUCAUGGAUGAGAGCGAUCCCGCCAGAAUCCCAGCCCUUGCCUGGCGGGACCAUGUAAUUACAUCAGCCUCCCGUACAGGCGAAAUCAGGCAUCAUGAUAUUCGUGAGGUAUGCGGCUUGCAGUGGUCACCAGACGAUCGCUACUUGGCCUCAGGUGGAAAUGACAAUCUGGUCUGUAUUUACUCCGCUAAUGGAGCUUUCACACUCGCGGGAGGGCGUCCAGAUCACGUUUUUAAUGAGCACGCGGCUGCUGUAAAGGCCGUCGCCUGGUGCCCCUGGAAACCGGCUCUCCUGGCAACUGGUGGUGGCACGAGGGAUCAUCACCUGCGGUUCUGGAAUGUCUACUCUGGGGCUUGUGUGCGUGCUGUCGAUGUAGAAACUCAGGUCUCUGGAAUCAUUUGGAACGAGGAGUUCCGCGAACUGAUAACUGGACACGGAAGUGGUAGUCUUUGUAUUUGGAAAUAUCCAAAUAUCCAAAAGGUUAAAGAACUCACUGAACAUCGGGACAGAGUUCUCUCAAUUGUUGCCUCACCGGACAAGGAAAUGGUGGCAAGCUGCUCAGCCGACGAGACUCUUCGUAUUUGGCAUUGCUUUAAAGUGGAUAAAACAAAGAAGCGCUUGGAAGAGCAACGAAACACACAUAUCAACUGUAAGGCAGUCCGUCUCUCUUGGUACCACACUCGAAUUGGGGCUCGUGUUGAAACCACGCCUUAUGUACAUGUUUCUCUGUAG